UGUUGGGACCAGAGCUGCUGCGACUUUCUAACCGUCAGCUGUUCGUAGCAGGAGAUUACGGGCAUUACACGACAUUUUUUGCAGCCUUGAUAAAACACAGACGUGCGUAAGUUAACGUAGAGCGUGAUUGUUUACGUUUUGACGCUUCCAUCGACCAAAGACAGGAUUUACAAUAUAUAAACAAACGCUGCGAACUGCUUUUAAGGUGGCACGUCAUCCGUCUCCAACCGCAUCAAGAUCAUCGUCCAAUUUCUCUAAACUAACUUCGUAUAGCUCGCAGUGACAGCAAUGGAUCUACGUGUACCACCUCACUAGGAGUCAAUCUCCCAAACAUUUGCGUGUGAACAUGAUAGAGGAGGACAGUUUGUUGUCAGGAAGGCAGCCCAUGGCAAGUGGAGGAGGAGGGCUCGGACAUCCCAACUCGGCCGAACAGAAAGUAGCCCUUACCUACCCCCAGCAGGUCGAGAUCGGGCAUCCUGGUCAUCUCCCCGGGUCUCACUAGUGCAAAACAACUCGCCUUGUAAUGGAGACCGUGGGAAAAUUCGAGUUCAGUCGAAAGGACUUGAUCGGACAUGGCGCAUUUGCUGUCGUAUUCAAAGGCAGGCAUAAAGAGAAACACGACUGGGAAGUGGCAGUCAAAUGCAUCAACAAAAAGAACUUGGCAAAAUCCCAGACACUGUUGGGCAAAGAGAUCAAAAUUCUCAAGGAACUUAAACAUGAGAACAUCGUUGCGUUACUGGACUUUCAGGAAACUGCCAGCUCAGUGUACCUGGUGAUGGAGUACUGCAAUGGUGGGGACCUUGCUGACUACUUGCACUCCAAAGGCACCCUGAGCGAGGACACCAUCCGAGUGUUUCUGCAGCAGAUCGCCGGGGCCAUGAGGGUGCUCCAGGCCAAAGGGAUCAUCCACCGAGACCUGAAGCCCCAGAACAUUCUACUGUCCUACCCACCAGGCCGCAAGUCACACUCCAACAACACCUGCAUCAAGAUUGCUGACUUUGGCUUUGCCCGGUAUCUUCAAAACAACAUGAUGGCAGCAACACUGUGCGGCUCCCCUAUGUACAUGGCACCAGAAGUGAUCAUGUCCCAAAGCUACGAUGCCAAGGCGGAUCUGUGGAGCAUCGGCACCAUAGUGUUCCAGUGCCUGACCGGGAAGGCGCCUUUUCAAGCCAGCAGUCCACAGGAUCUUCGACUGUUCUAUGAAAAAAAUACUCAUCUCACUCCCAAUAUCCCCAGAGAGACCUCGUCCCAUCUGAGGCAUCUGCUGCUGGGACUGCUGCAGCGCAACUACAAAGACCGGAUGGAUUAUGAUGAGUUCUUCAGUCAUCCUUUUCUCGAGGCAAGCUCAUCUAUAAAGAAGACAACCCCCACAGUCACCAUGACCUGCUUCCCCAGCUCUGCCUCGGCCAGCUCCUGUAGCAGCUCCUCCACCUCUCACCUGGCCUCACCUCCGCAGUCCCUCGCAGAUGGACAGCAGGUGCGCCCCAAAGCUCUGGCCUCUCCCACACAAGAGGCCACCGGGUUCCUCCUCAAAGACUCUUCAGGAGGAGCGGCCAGCAGCAAGAACUCCUCCUCCUGCGACACAGACGACUUUGUGAUGGUUCCGGCUCACUUUAACACAGGUGAGCUCACUUGUGAGAGCAAAGUGCUUCAGGACAGCCUCAUGAACAGCGGCUCCCUCCUGGCCUCUGCGGGACUGUGUAGCAAAACGCCACCACACUCACCGUCUAGCGGCUCUCCAAGUCCCAUCAGGCCCAGUGACUUCUUGGGGAGUAACUAUGGAAACCAUGGUCAUUCGCUGCCUAUCCCAGUCCCCACUCAGGUCCACAACUACCAGCGCUUGGAACAGAACCUCCAGUGUCCUCGACAAGAUGGCUCACCACGAACGUCGACCCCGGUGCGUCGCUGCAGCAGUAACAGCUCACUGGGCUACGGUCGUCAGGGACCUUCACCCCCCUACGGUCAGGGAGUGGUGCCCACCAACCGCCGCCUCUCUCUGGGUGGUGCGAGACCCUUCCACCUCUCUCCACAAGCCGCCCCUCCUCCCCCUCACACUGAACUCCGACUAACUGCUCACCAGCAAACAGGACUGGGGUCACGGCUCCACAGCGCGCCCUGUCUGCUGGAGUGCGCCAGUGCAGGCGGCAGACAGAAGAUCCGCAAGCAGCACUCUGACCCAGUAGCAGUCCCCAGUUCAGGCUUGAUGAAUGUGAGACCACUGCAUUCCUCCCCCAGGCUCAGCGAACUAAUGCAGCGCAGCCCUCUACCCACCAUACUGGGCUCUCCCUCCAGGGCGAUCCCUCCAUUCGAGUUCCCCAAACCCACCAGCUCCCCGAACCUCAUGACCUUCCUGACGCAGGGUUUGGUGAUAGGGUCUCCUUCCAACAGGACUGCCCCACCAGAACCACAACACACUCACUGCAUCCACCGAGCCAAUGACAACACCCAAGGCUUCGCAAGGUCUCAGAGCGCUGGUCGGCUGUCAGACAUGCUGCUAAUGGCUGCUUUUGGCCCUAACGCUCCUGUGGCGGAGAGGGGCAGCACAGAGAACCUCACGUCUGAAAAAGCCAUUGACAUUAUAACUCCCCCUAGUGGCACUAGUGGCUUUGCUCCCAGCUCGGGCAGCCCCGCACAGGUGGUCUUCACUGUGGGAUCUCCUCCCGCUGGCAGCACCCCUCCUCAGUCUUCCCGUCAGAGGAAAUACUCAGGCUCGUUGACUUCAGUCAGCUCUGGGGGCUCUCUGACCAGUCGGUACCCUCCCACAGUGGACGAGGCACCCUCCAGCCCACGCUUCAGCUUCACUGACCCCAUCUCUGCUAACAUGGGCGGGCCUGUGACCUUUGAGGCUCCUGAGCUGCCCGAGGAGACUCUGAUGGAGCAGGAGCAUACGGACACAGUUCAGAGCCUGCGUUUCACCCUGGAGUUUGCACGCUGUCUGGUGGAGGUGGCUGCAGCCCGUGGCAGUGCAGCGGAGCACCCAGACACACCCCCUCCUCCUCCCCUCCAGCAGCAGCAGCAGCAGCACAGCCUGGUGGCCGAUCAGAUCAGCUCCCUCAGCAGAGAGUGGAGCUAUGCCGAACAGCUGGUUCUUUAUCUGAAGAGCGCAGACCUGUUGUCGACCGCCUUACACACAGCAAAGGAGCGAGUGAAGGAGGGCAAACUCUACCCUUCCACAACUGUCAAACAAGUUGUGAAGAAGCUGAAUGAGCUGUACAAGACCAGUGUAGCCUCCUGCCGCUCCCUUAGCACUCGUCUGGAGCGCUUCUUUUCCAGGAAGCAUCGGCUGAUGGACCAGAUCAGCUCUAUCACCGCGGAGAGGCUGCUGUUCAGCCACACUGUGCAGAUGGUUCAAGCUACUGCGUUGGAUGAGAUGUUCCACCAGGGGGAGGCCUCCAUCCUGCGAUAUCACAAAGCACUGCUGCUAAUGGAGGGCCUGUCUAUGCUGCUCUCUGAACAGGAGGACAUCCUCAGUGUUAGCAAAUGUAAAGAGUGCAUUGAGCGACGCAUCACAGCUCUACAGUCUGGCCUCUGCGUUUAGGAGUGGACCACAGUGUAAUGGAGUUUAGAUCAUAUGUCAUUUUUUCACCCAGACAAACUCUCAACAAGUCCCAUAUUUUCUACUAGAUACAUUAUUUUUGUCUUCAGUUAGUCAUCCAAUUCAAGGAUUUUGAUUCACCUCCACGUCCACUUGAUCAUCUUAAACUAUGGACUGUUGAAAAUGGCUUUGGUAAUGGGUCGGACAAAAAGCACGAAUGUCUGUCUUGGAGAUAGAAAGACUCUAAAGGCACUGAAGUCCAACAGAAUCUCCUAAACUGAAGUAAACCAUUGCAAAUAAAACAAAGAGGACACCUAUCCACACACUUAGUACACCUUGUUAGUGUUCUAGAUGCUUCUAAUUGCAAUUGACAAUUCUAUAAUCAAAUCCAAAUGCGGGGAAUUGUAGCUCAUGUAAGUUUUUUUUUUUUUUUUUUUCUGUGUGUCUCAAAGUUCAAUCAAAUGUCAGUGUACCCAGGUAAAGGACAGAAAAAGAUCAUUCUUAGCUUUUCAGCACACUGAUGAAACCUGUUCAAAUGACCAAAAACAGUAAAGUUACACUGUUAGAUGUAUUAGGACAUGCUCUCUGUGGGACACGUAAUAGAACAGAAUAGAAAUAGACAAAGUGAGUAUGGCUUGCUUUUUAAAAUAAUCAAAACAUCAACUCUAUCCAAAAAACUGGAACUUUAAAAUGUAGCUUUCCUACAAGGACUGGUGUUUGCCCCACUGCUCUCACUUUAGUGUGUUUUUGAAGAAUGUGGGGGCGAGAUGCUGUUGAUUCCAUAUUUGUGUUCAUGUCUGUUAUGUCGGAUCUGAAUGAGUACAGUCACAUUUGAAUGUAAGCAGACGGGAGGAGCACAGAGCUAAGUCUAAGUGUUUGUCCAGCAUUUAGACUGAUCCCCAAGCUGUGUGGAAUGACUUUGCACUGUUUAAGUACUGUAUUCAGUGGUUUGGAAUGGAACAUGCAGAACAUGCUACUUUUGAUCAUUUAGUGAUGUUUCAUUGAGUUGUUAUCUAGUUACUGUUGUGUGUUAGAUGUGAGAAUGCUUAUCCAAGACUGUAUAAGCUAUGUAUCAUUGCAGAGUUCUGCUGGUGACAGUGUUGUUUUUGGCGUGUGCAUUCAUUGUCUUGUUUUGUUAGUAUAGUUUAUCAGCCUCAGUCUGUCCUGAAGGCGCUGACAUGUAGAGGCUGUUUUAUUUGGAGUUUUCAAAGACGAUGUGCAUGAGCACAUGCAUGAGUGUUUUAUUGAGGUAUUAGUGAUUUGAUGAAAUCCAUGUUUGAACUACUAAUGUUGGUUUCCAGUUUACACUGGGUACACUGCGUUUUACAGACAACGCACCGGAAAGUGGAUUUCUCUAGAUUGUACUUGUUUGCCUUAAUAGUUGUUAAGUUGUUUGAUAGAGUAAACCUUUAAAGAAAUCAGAGUUAAACUUUUAAGACACAGAAGAAGAAAUGAGUGAAGACACUGUCAGCAGAAUGAAGCAAUGUGUGAAGUGAAUCUUUCAGACAGAAGUCCAGAGAAGGCUGUGUAUAUUUUGCUUUGUGGCCUUGUAUAAUGUUUGGUUGAUAUUACUUGUGUUUGUAUGUGUGCACAUUCCACAUAGACUAACCAUCUCUGUCUGACACCAUAUACUUAGUAUUUGCAGACUUUGUUUUUCUUCUACUAUAGAAAUAAUGUUGAUGACUUUAUAAAUGAAACUAAUGCAUAUGUCACUUUUACUUCCCAUAAUUGUUUAUCAGCGUUUUUGAUCACCUUAAGACUCAGAAAUUGGAUUUAUGCAGCAGCCAGUUUCCUGGAAAUGCCUAAUGGACACCCAGAGUGUGUAGGGAACUACGCACCAUCGCCUCGUACAUGCUGUAACAUGUUACAAGUGUCCUUGAAAAGAUGGCCUCCAGUUGUGCUGGUAAAGAGAAGUGGAACCCCAGGAAGAUUCAGCUAAAACAUGCACUCCACCUUCUUCUAUCAUCGAUGUAUCAGACUUGUUUGCCAAGAAUGUUUUUGUAUUUUAUUUUCACCUGACAAACUUUGUUUCACUUGUAAAUAUUGUAAAUUAAGUUAUUGUUGUUGUACAUAUUGAGCUAUGGGUAUGGAGGGAGCAGAUUCCACCUACGUUUCCAAAGAAUGGCGCUCUGAUCUACCCAGUGCCUUGAUAAAGGCGUUUUAAAUGUGUCUCAUCGGUGACACACUAUUUCCUUCUUGUGUGAGCUCUAAUAUUACUGUGUGACUGAGAGUUGCAAUAAAAAACAAAAGCAAAAAGC